CAAUGUUAAUCUAUAACUUCCUUAGGUGUAGUCAGUGCUUAAGAAGGUUUUGGUUGUUUUACCUCCAUCCUCCUCCUAGUCUAGGCUUUUUGCUUAGAGAACAGCUCCCCCAGUUGACUUUGGUGUUGCCUAGCUAAGGUGGGUGCCAUUUAAAUCUACAGCUUUGUAGUUAAACAGCUUUCCUGCUAUUGCUGCUCUGAAAGCAGCGGGAAAGGGUGAAGAGCAAAGCAGGAGGAUGGAAAGCAUGUUCUAUUUUUAGGCCAAGGCUGGCUUAUCUUGUAUUUAUCCUAGAGCUGGGUGGAUAACGUUUCCAGAGACCUCACAUGAGUAAAGACUGCGUAAGGACGGAGUUAAUUUUAACUGCUUGGCAGUCAACAGACAUGGAGUCUGCACAAGAAGCGGAAGAGCUGGGACCUCAGGCAGAAACGGUUGCAGACACAGUUCUUGAGGUCGGAGAGAGACUCUUUCAGGUCAGCCGAAGGGCACUUUCACUACACAGCCGUUACUUUGAAGCGAUGUUUUUUGGGGGUGCAAGAGAGAGCACUGAACAACAUAUAGUGAUCAGAGGGAUCGAUGCAGCGCCUUUUCAGGCACUUCUUGAGUUUACUCGCACAGCCCAAGUGCUUAUAGGUCAAGAAAAUGUGAUCAGCUUACUGGAAACAGCUGAUUUUUUUCAGUUUGACAGGGUGAAACUGUUGUGUGAGAAAUUUCUGGAGAGGGAGCUGCAUGUUUCCAACUGCCUGGGCCUGAUGACCUACUCACAGCAAUUUGCCUUUGUAGAGCUGCAUGCAUCUGCUAUGAAUGUGGCUCUCACCCACUGGGGGGAUGUGAUGUGUCAGGAAGAAUUUAAGGCUCUACCCAAAGAAAUGUUGAUGCACUUCCUAAAAAGUGAUGAGCUAUUUGUUCCUCGAGAAGAUGUGGUUUUUGACAGUAUUAUGAGGUGGAUAAUGGAGGACCCAGCAACGAGGGAGGAAGACUUUUUGGAUUUGGUGGGCCAAGUCAGGGUCACUUUUCUGAGUUUGUCCUUCCUCGAUGUCUUGGUGAAACGCAGCAAGCGCCAUGGACAGACAGAUACCUUCUCCAGACUAAUAAGGAAGUUAGACAGCUGUCCUCCACCCAGCUGGCAAAAUAUGAAGCUGUGUCCUAAUGCUGGUCGGAGCUAUGACACCUUAUACGUCCUGGGAGGAAAGCAUGACAACGAACAGCAAGAAUUAUUUCUGUUUCAACCUAAAACAGGGACCUGGCAGGCUUGUUCUCCAUUGCAGCGCAGAAACCUCACGCAAUAUGCAGUGGCAGCAGUAGGGAACUUCCUUUUUGUGACAGGAGGAUAUUUCCGGGAUGAGUUUGUGUGGUAUAGUGUGGAUUGGGUGCUGAUCUACAAUUGUUUGAGUAAUAGCUGGCUGGAAGGGCCUGCCAUGAAGAAGUCUCGCAAUAGCCAUUGUGCGGUAGGAGCAGGGCUCUACCUGUAUGUACUUGGAGGGAGCACAGAUGAAGGGAUAAUCGCAACAGUGGAGCGCAUGGCUUUGGUGGACCCACAGUGGGAAAGCAUGAGUCCUAUGGUUCAACCUGUGGAGAGAGGAGAUGCAGUCAGUGUGGGGACCAGGAUCUAUGUGGUCUGUGGCCUGGAUGAAAAUGGACAUGUCUAUGGUGGAGUGCAAAGGCUGAACACAGAGACGGACAGCUGGGAUGUCAUCUCAUUUUCCCCACUUCCAAGGUAUGACCUCUGCAUCACAUCACUGAAUGGUGCUCUAUACACCAUAGGAGGGGGAGCUUUUCGAUUUGAUGUGGAAACAGAUGAAUGGACUCAUGUGGAUGAGGAAUGCUUGACCAAGAAGUUCUUCAUGGGAUGCAGCACUGUUAAUGGACAAAUUUAUCUCCUUGGACAGAGAAAGGGGAACAGUGCCCUCCCCAUUGUAGUCCUCUUUGAUCCCUAUGUUGAUAUGUGCCAGGUCAUAGAGAACAAACUGCCUUGCCCCCUUCCUAUUCGUGGCUGUGUCUCUGUGCGAAGGUUUGAUACAUGGGCAUGAGUGAUACCAGAUCCAACAUAAUCAUAAAGAAAAAGUCGUGCUUUACAGAUGAUGGGAACUGCACUGUAUCAAAUUUGAUUUGUGAAAUUUUUAAAAUUUUAAAAAUAGAUCUGUAUAAUUCCUAGCUUUUCUGGUUUCUACUUGGCAAAUAUCUUGAAGUAAAAGCCGGUGAAACCUUUGCGACUACAUGUGGUUUGCAGGUCAUUACUGGAAAUAGUGGUCAGUGUUGGUAAGAGUACACAAAUGCCUCAGUGUUGAUGUUACAACAUCAGAUACAAAAAAAACAUCAGAUACAAAAAAACCAACCAACCAACCAAAAAAAAAAAAAAAAUCACCUGUAGGAGUAAAGUAAUAAAUGUGUGUCGAGGGAAUCUUCAGCAGACUGUAUGGGCUCUUACUGCUGCAGGACGGAUUUAAAAGAAAAACAAAAACAUCGCUGAAGUCAAGCCUUAUCAAGUAUCAGUGUCAUUUUAGCCUGAAAUAAGCCUCCAAUGUUAUGUUAGUAUGGUGAAAAUUACCUUUAGUCCAGCAUAGAGAGCACCACAGCAGGUUGGCCACUGGCCAACUGGGGCACUUAAAAGUCCUGCUUCAGUCUCCUUAGUCCCCUUUGCUCUACAGACCAAAAAUAAAAACACCAUCUCCAUCCUAAAGCACCGAAAGGAGGGUGCAAGGAGCAUGACCUGCAUAUACCCUUAAUUAAGGAUUGCUUUUGAAGAAGAGGGUUUGAUGGGCAGGACUAAGGAUUUAGGACUGCUGUAGGAAACAGCAGGACAGGGGCAUGUUGGUGUUAGUUCCUUCUGCCUUUCUCUCACACAUCUUUCCUGAGUUAUUUAUAUUUUUCUUUGAUGGGUCAGAUCUGGGAGGUGGACCAUGGUUCUUAACAAUAAAGUGUUCUAAGGACACCAUCCUUCAUUCCCCACCUCUUUGCAGUUCUCUAAAAUUGUUUAAUUUUCCUUAAUGUUUGCGCAAAAUAUAUCAGACCCCUUGGAAACAUAUUCAAAGCCUGUGUAGAAAACAGCUUUAAAGACAGCAUUUGUAGGUUUCUAUAUAUUGUUUGUAGACAAAUGUAUAUGAUGAUUUAUUGGCCCUCUGUAAUUUUUGAGCCUUUGAAUUAUCAGUGAUAUCAGAUCUCCAGCAGGUUUCAAAGAUCUGCUGAUUGACACAAGAGCUGAUAUUACUGAUAUUCCAAAAAAUGAUGAUAAAAAAAAUCUGCAUCAUGCAACAUUAAGGUAAAAUGGGCUUGUUUAGGUGUAAUAAUUCUUUUCUACAUAAACUUUAAAUCCAAUGUUAUACAGUAAAUUCUGAACAUGAUGUCAGAUACAAUAUAUUACAAAGUGAAUAGUCAUCCAAAACAGAGAAAACCCUUAAAAUAUCCCAUUAAUAUGUUAGCAUUGUAACAUUUAUUUUCAGAUUUUAAAAAUGAAACCUCAACAACACUAAUACAUCCCUAUGGAAAGCUUCCAUUUAGACUAGUAGAAAAGUGUGCCUUCAGAAGAAUUUCAGUUGCUUUCAAUUUUAGGACCAUUUUCUCUAAGUACACAUUCAGUUAGCAAAACCUUUUAGACGCGUGAGCUAUUUUGUAUAAUUCAUACAGCAAACACAGCUUGUCUCACUUGGCCAGGCUUUAUAUGUGGAAACGGUCUAUCCUUGCCCCAAAAUCUGACAAUUUUAGACUAUACAACUGGAAGCUUAUUUGGCAGUUGAAGCAAGUGUUUUUUUACAUGCAACUUUUUUCAUAAGGUGGCUAGCACUGACUGCCAGUAUAUUCUGAAAUUGUGGUUCAGAUAAAUGUUCAGCAGUUGUAAUUUAUUACUUUACGAACCUUUCGGAAAGUUUUGAGAUAACCACAGCUAAGUGUUAUAACUUCAGCAGAUUGUUUAACCCCUCUUAGCCUGUUUUUAGUGAGACUGUGGCUGAUUGACCAUUUUUCUUCUGGAUAGAGUAGUAGUAAAAUGAUGUUCCCAACAAGACAGGUGAAGAAAACAUCUCCUAAAGUUAUUUGUUGCCUGGAAACUCUAUGAUGAAAUUUUCUUUUGUCUAGAUGUUGGAUGAUGCCUCAGCUAUAACGCUGCAAAGGGUUCUGUGAGCCUGUCUGGCCUCUCCCUUGUGGUCCUGUUCAUCCUUCCUGCUUUUAAGAGUCUGUCUAGCUCUUGGUAUUUUGCAAUGAGACCCACAUUACUCUUUGCUCUUUGCCAGAUCUUCUGCUUCACUCCUGUCGCUUUCCUCAGUGUCACUUCUUGCAUCUUUUCUUUUCUGUAGGAGAGAAAGAUGAUUUAAACAGGCUGCAAAACCUAUGUCUUGCUGCAUUAAAGGGGACUGGUCUUGCUUUCAUUCAGAGCACUGGUAUGUUAACCUGAGAGGUAAAAUAAAAACAAUAGCUGAGAUCAUAUCCU